AUGCUGGGAAUUGUUGCCAACGGCCAGCUCAUGGUUACUGGGGUUUACGACGUACGUGCGCUGAAGUUUGAAGAGCAGAAUGGGGUCUCGGUGCUUUGCAGACCACCGAUGGAAGCCAAUUCACCAUUCUCGCCGGAGGUUUCGUCAUCUCGGGGAAGUCCGGUCCUCGUCUUCAAGAACCAAAUCGUCAACUCAACACGAGUAAAUUUCGAGCUGGCUACCCCGAUGACCCCUUCUGACAUUCUGCGUUGCAACUCGACCCAGGAUAGUUAUUUAUCUGGUCUGGCGAAGUGGUUCCAGCCAAGGGCAAGCACAUCUAAGGAUAAGAUAACAGAAGUGGCAGAACAAGAUCCUGACCGCUGGUGUACUUGGUCAAGGGGGUCUUAG